CGGGGCGGGCCGGGCCGGCGGCGGGCGGGGCGGUGGCGCAGCAGCGCUCCGAUGGCGGUGAGCCGGGCGCUCGCCCUCCGCUUGGCCUACGCGGCGGCCGGCGCCCUCAUGGGCUUCUCCGCCUUCUUCACCUGGAGCCUGGCGCCGGCUUUCCGGCAGCCCGCCACAGCGGCGGCGGGGGGGCUCUCGGGUGUUCUGGCGCUCUGGGCCCUAAUCACGCAUGUGAUGUAUGUGCAGGAUUACUGGAGGACCUGGUUAAAAGGGCUGAGGUUCUUCCUCUUCAUCGGGAUCCUCUUCUCAGCUCUCUCCGUGGUGGGAUUCUGCACAUUCCUUGUCCUGGCCAUCACCAAGCACCAGUCUCUGACUGAUCCCAGAAGCUACUACCUGUCGUCUGUCUGGAGUUUCAUUUCCUUGAAAUGGGCCUUCCUGCUCAGUUUGUACGCCUACCGGUACAGGAAUGAGUUUGCAGACAUCAGUAUCCUCAGUGACUUCUAACGCUUGGACUUCACUCCUGGCUGAAGGUGCUGGAUGUUUGAAUUGCCCCCCAAAGGCAUGGUACAUGCAAGAGAUGUACGAGAGGCGGAGAAGGAACCCACCCAGUGCUGCUUGGUUUGUCUGUCUGCAGUAGGGGUUUUUCCUAAUUGCUUUUACUCAACCAUUUAAAGUUUGGCUAAUGAUGUCGAUCUAGUCUUUCUGUAACGUCCCUGGGGGUCCCUGUGUCUGGUAGUGAGGUGAGAGACUCCAUGUGCUUACACACGGCAGGCCUAGAUCCGCUCUUUGUGUCGCCCCGAGGUCCAGGGGAGCUUUCAGGUGGGGAGGGAGAAGUCCUGGGCCUUCCAGGAGCCGUGGGUUUGUACCUCAUGGAUGCAGCACCCCGAGUCUUUUCCUUGUGAGUACAUCACCAGCUUCAGGUGGGUGUCCCAGAUGUGUGUGGGAAAGAACGCUGCUGUGAGAGUCAGCUCCUUUUGUAUUGCUCAGCUCCUCAGACAAAGGGAGUGAUGAGCCUUUCUUUGCGGCAGAAGUCCCUCCGUACCUUCCAGCCAGUGCCCCGCAUCUUCCAGUGUUUUCUCUGUACGCGUUGGACACAAAGUCAGCGCUCUCCUGUGGCCCCGGUGAGCCCCCAGGGGACGGCCAGCAGCAGAGAAGCACUCGUCAUCUCAAGGCUCUGUCAGAGGUGGAGAAUGCUGAUUCGGGCUGCCGCCCAGGAUCACUUGCAAAAGGAACGUAAUACCGUAUUUAACGCCCCAAUUUGUAGCAUGUAGUUUGGGUGAAAGAUGUGCCGGUCAAGGGCUUACCUACCUGAACCUCUGGAGAAACAUGAAUAUGAUUCUCCUUUAAAAAAAAAAAAAAAAAAAGAAAAAUAAUCUUUUGGUAGGCAGUGCUGUUUCCUUUUCUUUGCUCAGCUCCCCCCGGAUGAGAGAGGGAAAGAGUCAUGCUGCUCAAAAAUAAGAAAGGGAUCCAGAGUCAGCUUCCAGCAAGCCUCAGUAACGAGCGUCACGGGGAUAAUGCAGCCACGGGGAAGCGGCUGGGCUCUCGUGCAGCCAGUUAAGAGGUGACAGGUCUGUGCCCACGGGCUGGUGUGCUGGAAUCGGCUGGGUGUGACCGUCUUUUGCCUGGUGACAGUGAAGCCUUCCCUCUGUGCUUCAUCUGCGCCUGGCACUGCUCUGACAACCCUGAAACCUGAGUGGAUUUAGUGACCUCUUUAGUCCCCGUGCUUUGCUCCCUGCCAGCGGCUGCCUUGAGAAGCUUGAAAUGUUCAAGCGUUUCCAUCUUCCCGUGUUAACUGUGCAUGCUUCAGACACAGCGCAGGCUUUGGGCUGCCGCUCUGGCAGAACCCAGGCUGGUGUUUUGUCAUGUCGGGCAGCUGGUGCUGGCUACUACGGACUAGAAAUGGCAACUUCCAUGAAUGAUUCUGUAGGUGGGCGAGAAGAGGGGCGGGAGAAGGCCCCUGCCCUUGCGGGCCGAUGGAAGAUGAACGAGGCGGGUGUUUUGACGGAGUCCCCCAGACAGCGUUCUCCUGCCACGUCUCUAGGUGCUGCGGGAGCCUUCCCUGAAGCGUCGUCUUGGCCAUCUGUGGGACAGGACCUGCUCAGGGGUUUGUGACCAAGUGAGGUGCAAGGGGAAGGUCCUCCGCGUGCUGUUGUUAGCCCAACUUUUCUCUCACGCCACACCAAACUCCCAGUCUGGUUUUGCACGGUGUUUGCUGGGGCGUACCUGGGACUGUCCUUUCUGUUACCUUGUCCGGGCGGUGAGCUCUGACCUCACUGUGUCCGAGUCCCUCUCCGCGCUCCAAGGCACCAUCCACACCUUGGCUGGUCUGAGUUUUACUUGGGAAGAUGAGUGGGAAGCACAUGGUGAUUCAUUUGAGCACCUGAGGGGGUUUUGGAAGUGUUUGAGAAUGCCUGGUGAAUGCGUUCCCGGGUUUCUUGGGUAGGAAGAUCCUGGAGUGACUUCAGUGGAUCGAGGAACAUCUUUGGGUCAGGUUGUAAACCAAGGUUGUAGCCAGCUUUUGCCGGGGGACCUGCUGGAGUCCCUAAACCCAGACAAAGGCUGCCAGUGUGAAAUGUGCUUACGAGAUUAAUACUCAGGCUUUUAAAUAGCAAAAUCCCCCCCGCUGCUGAGGCCAGAUGAGCCGGCGUAGCUCAUCUCGCUUCUCUGCCCGGAGCCGGGGCACCCAGUGGGGUGUUUGCAAGUGGUUUUAGCAUCGGUGCUUUCAGUAAGUCAUCUCUCGUCCUACAUUGCCCCACCACAACGCUGCCCACGUGUUUGCGGUGCCGCCGCGAGCCCCAGCUCCGUUAAUCGGGUUGGGGUGUGCUCGGGACACCGAAAUCCCCGCCCUGGGGGGGCUGGUGGAGCUCUGCCACUGCCCUACAGCAAAACAUCGUCCCGGGCUGUCCCUAAAUCACAUCCUCCUGUCUGCGCGCCACUGGCACCUCGUAGCAGCACAUCAGGGGCUCCUUUCUUGUGUCCAAAAGUCCUCCCAGCUUACCCUGGAGAUUUUUAAAGUUUAUUUUUGUGACUGUAAAAUUUGCCUACGAAACAGCUCACUGAAUCUCACCCCCGUUUUCUUCCUGACAUGUUUUAGCUCUGGAAUUUAUACUUGGCAUCUCGGCUUUUUAAAAGAUUGUGUAUGUAAAUAUAUAA